GAUCCAGCAUUUAUCUGCAUUCUGUAGUAUCUAAACAACACGUCAGUUCAACAGUCCUCUAGAAUAGCAAUCACAAAAGCAGGAAAUCGAACAAAAUCCUUACAUAUAUAAUUGAGGCUGUGUAACAAUAAGUUGUGUAGAAAUAUGAUCGCGUAGUUUUAAGUUAUCUGUACGGAGUGAUAUCGAAGUUGUACGUUAUAGAAAGCUGGCAAGCUGGUACAAGAAGGAGGAGAAAAAUGUUGCCAAACAUUUAUGAAAUGUCCCAGUUCAGCAAUAGCCGAAUGCUGACCACGGCUUUACUGUUUCUAAUAAUAGAAACAUUUUUCGAUUGUGCAAAAUCAGCAGCUUCACAGGCCGAAAUCGAUCGACAUUUGGAAAUGGGUCGAGAUCUACUAGCUAGAGGGCAGCUUUCAGAUGCACUCACACAUUACCAUGCCGCUGUUGAGGGGGACCCAAAUAAUUACCUUACGUUCUUCAAACGCGGCACGGUCUAUCUGGCUCUUGGAAAGUCUAAGUUUGCCAUCAAUGAUUUUUCGAGGGUACUCGAGCUAAAGCCGGACUUCAUGGCUGCUCGUGCUCAGCGAGGCCAGGUGUACCUGAAGAUGGGUGAUUUCGAAAAUGCCGAAAUAGAUCUUAUGAAUGUGCUUCGUAUGGAUCCGCACAAUCACGACAUCAACUAUUACUACGCUAGAAUCGAUCCAGCCCGCGAUCAGUGGGCUCUCUGUCAAGAUGUGAUGCAACGAGGAGACUUCACUACGGCACAAGCACUGUUAAGUCAACUCCUAGAGAUUUGUCCUUGGUCGGUGGAGAUACGUGAAGCCAGAGCCCAGGCUUACAUUCGUUUGGGUGAUAGAAUGGCUGCAGUUAGUGAUUUCCGAUCUGUCAAUCGGUUAUCGCAAGACAGUACGGAAGGAUACUAUAAGUUAUCGAAGAUUUUAUAUGAUUUAGGAGAUUCCGGGGCGGCACUAAAGGAGAUUCGCGAGUGCUUGAAGCUUGAUCCCGAACACAAAGACUGCUUCCCUUUUUACAAAAAAAUAAAGAAAGUUGACAAAAUCCAUUCGGACGCUCAGUUAGCUUUGGAAGAACGAAGAUUCGCCGAUUGUACGCAAUAUGCUGAAAAAUUGGUUAAACUGGAACCCAACGUUCCGAUGAUUGUAUAUAAUGGAAAGCAACUGCUUUGUUCCUGUCUUGUAAAAGAUGAGCAGUUUACUCCGGCGGUUGGGCGCUGUAAAGAAGCACUGGACAUUUAUCAAGAUCCAGAAGUGAUGUGUGACCGAGCAGAGGCCCUUAUUGGUGCUGAAAUGUACGAUGAUGCUAUCAAUCAGUACAGAGAUGCGUUAGAGAUCAACGACAAUUUCCAACGAGCUAAAGAGGGCAUCGAACGGGCCCAGCGAUUACAGAAGCAAGCAGAACGGCGCGACUAUUACAAAAUACUAGGAGUCAAGCGAUCUGCUACCAAACAAGAAAUAGUUAAAGCAUAUCGGAAGGCGGCUCAAAAGUGGCAUCCUGAUAACUUCCACAACGACGAGAAGAAGGUCGCGGAGAAAAAGUUCAUCGACAUCGCGGCGGCCAAAGAGGUACUAACAGACCCGGAGAAGAGGAGGCAAUUUGAUGCGGGUGAGGAUCCAUUGGAUCCGGAAGCGACUCGCAACGGAUUUGGCGGUGGAAAUCAUUUCCAUCACUUCCAGCAUGGGUCGCCGUUCCAGUUCAAAUUCCAUUUCACGUAGGCCAAUCGUAAAAUCUAGCGGACAGAUUAUGUUCUAAUUUCCCUAACACUUUCUGAACUGUCCACUUGUUGAUGUCGUACAGUGCCAGCUUUAAUUUAUUAUUAAUUUCUGUCAACUUCAACUGAGACAUUUGUAGUUUCAUGUUUAUCUAACAACUGAGAUAUAUUGUUUUGAUUACGGUCGAAUUUAGAGGCAUUGCUAGUUUUUUUUAAAUUUAAAACACUUAGCGAGAUAUGAGUUGCAAAAAGAUGGAAGAAUGCAGAAAUGUACAGGAAACGUGAUUCGGAAUUAGUUUCCACAUUUUCUCGUUUCUCCCUCAGAAGAACUGAUUAAAGAGGUAGUCAACCUAGUGUAAAUAAGAACUUUGAUCACAAUAAAUUAUUAGUAUAAAAUUAA